AGGCUCUUCAUUCCAUCCGCUUUCCAUGGACCUACCCUAGUACUCUUCUAUACACCUCACACCAUCCCAUCCUACUCUUCUUGCUGUAUACCUCACCAACAUGCUGAACGGCGGCGGAAUCAAGAUAUUCUCUGGUACCAGUCAUCCAGAGCUAGCGGGAAUCAUUGCACGACGCCUCGGUUUGCCCCUCUCUACAGCAGAGAUCACACGCAGCGGCAUCGGCGAAACCGAAGUGCACAUUGGCGAGUCCGUGCGUGAAGACGAUGUCUAUAUCAUCAACACCGGCUGCGGCGCCGUCAAUACUGCGCUCAUGGAAAUGUGUAUCAUGAUCCAUGCAUGCAAGAUUGCCAGCGCGAAGCGCAUCACCGCCGUCCUCCCCCUCUUCCCUUACGCUCGACAAGACAAGAAGGACAAGAGUCGCGCCCCGAUCACAGCGAAACUGGUGGCUAAUAUGCUCCAGAGAGCGGGCUGCGAUCACGUCGUCACCAUGGAUUUGCAUGCGUCCCAAAUACAGGGUUUCUUCGAUGUCCCGGUAGACAAGCUCUACGCGGAGCCGUCCGCUAUCCUCUACAUCCGCUCCAACUUCAACCUCGAUGACAUUGUAAUUGUCUCCCCGGAUGCGGGAGGUGCCAAGCGAGCUACGUCAAUCGCGGAUCGACUUGGAGUCGAAUUUGCGCUCUUCCAUAAAGAACGCAAGAAGGCGAAUGAAGUUUCGCGCAUGGUGCUCGUAGGUCAUGUGCGCGACAAGACAGCCAUCCUGGUGGACGACAUGGCGGACACUUGUGGAACCUUGUGUCUGGCGGCGCAGCAUCUUGCCGAAGCGGGAGCAGCGAAGUGCUAUGCGAUUGUUACGCACGGAAUCCUCAGCGGCAACGCUUUGCAGACGAUCCAAGACAGUACGCUCGAGAAGUUAAUCGUCACGAACACGCUUCCACAGGCGGAGAACAAGGCAAAAUGCUCCAAAAUCGAAGUCAUCGACAUCGGUAUCGUGCUGGGGGAGGUGAUCAGGAGGAGUCACUACGGCGAGAGUGUCUCGAAGUUGUUCCACGAAGUACCGUAUUAGACUCGGACGUGAAUGUAGUAUGUACGUGUACUUGUUCGCUGUUGUACCUCUGCACAACCGCUUCCGUCGUACCAGCCAUACCGGUCGUUCAAUGGUCUCUGUCGGGCAUGUAGCCUGAACCCAGGCUGGAGACUUCUUUGUCCGACGCGCGGUUCUAGCGUGGAUCGGUUCGACGGCCGGCUCGCAGCGGAUUCAUCCAUCUGAGGUCGGUGGCCGAAAAGAAGGGCGAUGAAUGAAGGAUUUGAUGCUGGGUCUCGUUUGAGCCACCCGCAUCAAGCUUCGAAGCUAUCGUUCAUCAGUCCAGGCAGGCG